GCGGUCACACUAUCAAGAUCGCAAUUUGAAAGACGCUUGGCUUGCCAAACAAACGGUUAAAGUAAAUGCAAAACGAUUUAAGAAUAUAUUUCAUCAAUUUAUAUUUAAAUGGAGGGCGGCAAAUUGAGCGCCGUGCGAAUUGCAGUUCGUGAAGCGCCGUACCGUCAGUUUUUGGGGCGUCGAGAACCGAGUGUUGUUGAAUUUCCGCCAUGGAGCGAUGGCAAGUCCUUAAUGGUGGAUCAGAAUGAAUUUCUCUUCGAUUACGCCUUUUCGUCGAACACCAGCCAGGAUGAGAUGUACCAGACCUUGAUCCAGCCGCUGGUAGAGAAGGUCCUCGAUGGAUUCCAGUGCACAGCAUUGGCCUACGGACAAACUGGAACGGGAAAGAGCUAUUCCAUGGGAAUGGCACCACCCGAUAAGAAACCCGAGCAUGCUGGUGUUCUGCCCCGCUGCCUGGGCGACAUCUUAGAUCGCGUGAUGGCCAAGCAGGAGAACCACAUGGAACCCACCCAGGUGUUUGCCUCCUUUAUCGAGAUCUAUAAUGAGAAGGCCUACGAUCUCUUGGGCUCCACGCCACAUAUGCCCAUGAUGGCUUCGCGUUGUCACAGAUGCACAUGCCUACCAUUGGGCAGUCAGGUAGAUUUGCAGUAUCUAUUGGAAUUGGGAACACGGAAUCGUCGCGUUCGUCCAACGAACAUGAAUUCUAGCAGUUCCAGAUCACAUGCCAUAGUAACAAUUCAUGUUAAGAGUAAAACCCAUCAUUCAAGGAUGAAUAUAGUAGACCUGGCUGGCUCAGAGGGCAUAAGGCGUACCGGGCAUGAGGGUGUGGCCAGACAGGAGGGUGUCAACAUCAAUCUGGGUCUGCUGAGCAUCAAUAAGGUGGUGAUGUCCAUGGCAGCGGGUCACACAGUGAUUCCCUACCGCGACAGUGUACUUACUACAGUCUUACAGGAAUCGCUCACCGCGCAGUCAUAUCUAACCUUCCUCGCCUGCAUCAGUCCCCAUCGAUGUGAUCUCACCGAAACUUUGUCCACUCUACGCUUUGGGACCAGUGCCAAGAAACUCCGCCUGAAUCCGAUGCAAGUGGCACGGCAAAAGCAAUCACAGGCCGCACGGACACCACACGUCUUCCGCCGAGUGCUGAGCAGCUCAACGGCUAUCAAACGCCCAGCCGCCAGUCAGAACAGCACACUUGUUUCGCACAUUCAGAAAUCCGAAUUAGCAAAACCUCUGACCAAUGUGCUCCAUCGUACUCGCUCCGAAUUGGGCAUGACUCCCAAAGCCAAGAAAAGGGCUCGCGAACUAUUGGAGAUGGAGGAGACGAUGCUGGAACCAUCGCCCAUCAAGAGCAAUUCCCAUAGUAGCCUCAGUCUAGUGGGUUUCCAGGGUGAUAUCGAAAAGGAUAGACAACUAAUGCCACCACCUAGUAUGGGUACUGGACAAUCCAACAGCCUGCACUCUACAGUCAUGAGCAUUCCCGAAGAGAAUGAACUGGAACAGUCGGCUGGGAUUCAACAGAAGGCCAUCUCCAGUACAGUACGCUGCCAACUGUUCAACACCAAUGUCAGUCCCAUUAGUUUGCAAACAUUUAGCAUACAAAAAGAAAUUAGCGGGAUCCAACCAAUGGAAGAGACUUUACAGCCUUCUCCAAUAGAACCACAAAUCAUCCGCCGCUCCAUGCGAAUAGCGAAUAUGCAAAGAUCGAUAAACUAUGGGUCCAUAACCAAAGUAAAUGGAACAAGGCAAAGCACUCGUCUAAAGGAAAUACGGGAAAAUUCUUCUGCCGUGGUCGUAAAAAAGGAGAAGAUCAACCAGCUUAAGGAUUUGAUUUCACGAAUUGAAGCUCCUCAAGACGGAAGUCGUCCGGGGAAAAGAAAUCCUCCAGUCAAGGAUUGGAUGAAUAAUAAUCAUAAAUUCUUCCUUGACUUGCUUAACAAUCCCAGCGUUAAAGAACUGCAAAAAAUCCCCAUGAUUGGGCCAAAGAAAGCCCUAGCUUUAGCCAUCCACAGAUCCCGACUUGGUUGUUUCAAAAAUCUCAAACAGGUAAAAGAUCUACCAAUUUGGCCCGGUAAGAGCUGGGAAAAAUUUGCCGAAGUCAACUGUCUGGAUAUUUGAUUAUUAACUUUAUUUAAUGUAAGAAACAAAGAGGAGCAGGAUAUCCUAAAGCAACUGGACUAGAAUAACAUAGGGAACUAUAAUAGGAUUUAUAUUUUUGUAAUAUUCAUUUUAAUGUGUGUAUUGUUUUUUUUUAUUGACCUUUUUUUUAAAUUAUUAAUGUAAACUAAUUUAGUUUUUUAAUAAGCUAUAUGUGAACCAAUGCCCAAAAUAUAUAUUUCUUAACGGAAAA